UGAUUGUUUUUAUUUUGCAAAAAUCAAUUGAUUAAAUCAAUCUGAUUUAUACCAGUUGAAUUUAUCAGUCCAAAAAAUUGAACGUUCUGUUUGUUAUUUUCUAAAAAUAAUUACAUUUGUGACAAUGGAAUUGACUGAUUUACCUUACGAUUGUUUAUCGUAUAUAUUUGAUUGUAUUCCUGAUCUUAAACUGCUUCUGGAUAUGUCAACAGUUUGUAAACAAUGGAACAUUUUGGCGAAUCAAAGAUUGAAAAAAAUUCGACAUUUACAUGUUGAGCAAGAUAUCGAUUCUGACCUUGCAGCAUCUCCCAAUCAUCUUUACACGAACGAUGUUGGAUUGAUGGAGAGAGUAAAUGUCUCGAAAAUGUUUCCAAAUCUCAAGUUCUUCACCAAAAGUUACACACUCGAAACCACGUGUACCUGUAAAAUGUUGGUCAAUGUUUUAUCAACUUCGAAACCGUUAAUUGGGCUCAUGUGUGAAGCUCCAUGUCUUGCCGCGGGUCCAAAGGAUAUGACUCCUUGUUGCCACGUCGAUAUUGAUGAGAUUGUUAAACAUUGUGGUAGCCUCGAGUAUCUGGAUUCAUUGUAUCGACCUUUUCUUCGUAGUUAUUUCGUAAAAUAUAAAUUUGGUCAGAAUGUGAAAUACUUUGAAAGUUACAUAGAAGGUUACGACUAUUAUGAGGAAGAUAAAGAUUAUGAUGCCAUGUUCAAAGAAAUAUAUUUUCUAUGUUACUACAUACAACAAAUGCCAAAUCUUGAAGUUCUUCGUCUGAGAGAUCCACCGAUUGAACCUCGUCUUUGGCCUUUACCGAAAAACAUGAACCUGAAACGGAUCGAUUUUGAGGACAUUACGACAAACACAUUGGCCUUACAGUUCUUAUCUCGUUUGCCCAAUUUGCGAAGUGUUUCUUUGGACGUUCAAUCAGUGGUAGAUGAAGAUGCUGUUUUCGAAGUUUCCGAUACUUACCCCAAUAUCCAAGAUUGCGCUCUACACGUUGCAAUGUAUCAAAACUCGCCUGUCGGAUCAUCGAAGCUGAUUAAAAGUAUUAUGGUCAAGUUCCCUAAUUGUUCAAACCUGUGCAUUCAUGUGCAACAAGGAAUGACGAUAACUAAUGAGGAUUUGAUCGAGAUAAUCAAAAUGUUGCCCAAUUUAACUCUAUUUGUCUUGGAUGUAUGGAAUUGGGGUGAUGCAAAUACUAUUGAUACAAUCGAUAAAUUCUGUAAAUCAAUAGGUCGUCGAAUAUCCUUUUACUUGCUUCGCGAUAAUGCAAAAUGGAAUGACUUACUUAGAACUGAUUUAUAUACACGAUACGCAUUGAACGAAGAUGUUGAGAAUCAUGUGAAGACCGACAACAAAUUCAUUCGGAGCUUUUUUUGUUGCGAAAAAAAGUAAAAACUCUUCAUCUUUCUGCUAUUAACUUUUAGAUUGUCAAGAUAAUUCGAUUCUUUUUCUUGCCAAGUGUUUGUUUACUUGUUAAUUGGGUAAGAUGAGUGUUAAUGGUUGGAGGUGAUGCUAAUAUUUAUUCAACACACUUAUUCCUGUGUUUGUUUAAAUUAGGUUAGGUCUUCAUUAAAAGGGUCAAAAUCUACAGAGGAAGGCCCGGAGGGCCUGGGACUAUCAAACAAGCGCACAAUUAACCCAAAAUUCAGCUAUAUUUUGACAUUUUGAGCUAAUGGACACCAACAAUAAUUGUUUUGAAUAACCAUUGGCUCAACCUUCAACCAUUAACGCUCAUCGCACUGUUAAUUGAAUCAAUAAAGGAUUCGGAAUCAUUAA